AUGUUUGUAAGAAGCGGCCUAAUCAAAUUACCAUUCCAGAGAGCCAUGACCACUUUAACCCCAGUUGCAACCAAGAAUGCUCCACCAGCUGCAGCAUCCUACUCACAAGCUAUGAAAGCUAACAAUCUAGUCUUCGUUUCAGGCCAAAUUCCAUACACUCCAGAUAACAAGCCAGUUGAAGGUUCCAUCGCCGACAAAGCUGAACAAGUCUUCAAGAAUGUCUCUGCAAUUUUGGAGGCCAGUAACUCCUCUUUUGAAAAAGUUGUGAAAGUCAAUGUUUUCCUAGCUGAUAUCAAGAGCUUUGCCGAAUUCAAUACAGUUUAUGCCAAGUACUUUUCAGUCCACAAGCCUGCAAGAUCUUGUGUUGCUGCUGCGGCACUUCCAUUAAACGUCGAUUUGGAAAUGGAAGUCAUUGCUGCUGAGAACGAUUAG